GCUAUGCACCCCUUCGCCUACUGUUAGCGGUGUCGACCGGUGCCUCUGUUCCAUGAGACUUCAGCGAGGGGUGCGAUGUAUUGGAGUUUUCGCAUAAAAUUAACAGAUUUCUCAGCGUAGAUUAUUUCUCUUCGGAUUUCUGUCGUCUGCGGAAAGUGCCCGUAGUGCCACAAUGGUGAAGUUUUACGAGAGGAAGGACACGUUCAAGUUUUCGUGGGACCAAGUUGCUCAAGGUUUCUGGGCGAGGUAUCCCAAUCCAUAUAGCACGCAUGUCUUGACAGAAGACAUCGUAUCACGAUAUGUAGAAGGCGGAAAGCUGUUCACAAAGCGUUUACUCACCAAGACCAAUCCUAUGAACAGACUACCGAAAUGGGGAGAGCGCUUUGUCAGUUCCAAGUCCGUACGCAUUGUUGAAGAAUCCGUCGUGGAUCCACGCACGAGAACAUUGGUCACCUAUACACGCAAUAUUGGCCUCCAACAUAUUAUGUCAGUAGAGGAGAAGUGCGUCUACAAGCCUGCUGCUGACAACCCUAAACAUACCGUUGUAGAGCGGCGAGCCUGGGUUUCAUCUUCUAUACUUGGUUUCUCCUGUGCCAUCCAGGCCUUUGGUGUGGAACGUUUCAAACAGAAUGCUGCCAAGGCAUCCAAAGGAUUUACAUAUGUCCUGGAGCGCAUGUUCCCUGGGACCCAUCCGGCAGAGAAGGAGCGCCUUCGUUCUAAGCUGGCUACUGAGCUGGCAAAAGCCAAGGCUGUGCCACUGGUGGCUGCAGCCAGUUGCAGCAACUAGUGACUGGGUGUCAGCGUUAACUUAACACUGCCACAUAGUGCUCCCAUGUUAUACAUAUGACCGCACUCAGGUGCACAUUGUUAAGGUUGUUGGCAAGACUUUUCUCUGCCAUGAAAUGUCUUUUUUCUGCACCUUUUCUUUUUUUCUCCUUCUUUGGGUGCCAAGUAGUAGUAUAUAGCAUUCCAGUGGAACUAUAACAGUCCAUGUUAACUGCCACAGCAGUUUCGUGGGGAGCUCCAUAUUUUAAUGGAAUUAAUGCUUAUAUGUGGCACUGGGUUGAUAUGGCGGGGAAGUGUUUUGUUUUUACUUUGUUUGUACCAUGUUUGUUACUGAGACUACUGUAUAUGGUAGCCGUGUAAAAUAAAAUUGCUGUAUUUUACCAGUUGCAA